AUGACUAGGGCCAUGCAGUCACCUAUGCACCAGCAAACCACUAUGAGUGCGCUAAUCGACAGAAUGUCGAAUAGCACUGGGAUGAAUGCAGCGUCGUCACCCUUUAAUCAACCAAAUGAUCGUAAUACACCAGACAAACACGAAAUUCGGUUUCCGCAUAUUCAAAUUCCCGAAUUCGAUGGGACGUAUACCGAAUGGAUUCGUUUUCGUGACCUAUUCGAAGCCAUGAUCCACACAAGAGCUAAUUUGUCAGACGUGGAAAGGUUGGAAUACCUGCAAACAAGACUCAAGGGAGACGCGUUGUCGUUGGUGAAGCAUUUAAGGCCUACAAAUGAAAACUAUAAAAUAGCCUGGGAUUUACUCAGCAAAAAAUACAAUAAAAACGACAAGGUAAAAAGGGCUUAUCUGGAACUAUUAUUCGAUCAACCGGCGAUGAAGUUACUGUCGGCAUCUGAACUAAAAGAGUCAUGA